AGUGAAAGAGGCUUGGCUAACCUUAGCCUCCCAUUUUCUCUCUCCCCCCUCAAUGCAGGGUUCUGACCAGUCAGUCGCCUUUGAUUAUCAGUUGCCAGCAGCCCCUCUCUUGGCUCCUUGACACGAGCACCAUAUAAGGCGCAGCGAUCUCCAUAGAAACGUGUCAGUUUCAAUAGUAGUGUCAAAGUUCACUAUAUACAGACAUUCGCGCAGAUCUCUGCUUCGGAAACAUUGCUCCGCUGGUCUUCCCGUUGAAACGCAUUCAUUUUGGGUCUCUGCUUCUUGCAUAUUCUAUUAGUUGUUGUUUUUUCCUUUUAUCCGCGCUCCGGUCCUGCCGGGGAGGUGAAACUACACAUCCACUCUGGCGGUGUUGUUUUUUGCGGGUCCAGAUGAGCUUUAUUCAUGAUCAUAGAUAGAGAAUCCCGCUCUUCAGUUUUUCCUCCUCUUCAGCCGCGAAGACGGAGAAAGGAGCAGAAGAAGAAACAGCACGGAAUUAAUUUCACACAGCACUUUGGAUCGUGUCUCCGUCCGGGAGCAUUUAUUUUUAUUUCGUUGACAUUGUGAAGAUUUCCUGCCUUCCUGAAAGCUAUUACCAACGAACUGAUUUUACUGCGUCUGGGUCGCUUUAUUUCUACAAGAUUGGUUUCCCGAAUGGCUGACUGCAAUUUCCCCUGGAACUGGCCUCCCGACACUUGCAUAUCCUGAUCGGGUGCCUGUCUAUUGCUUCUUGUUUUUGAAUAUAUUGAUCGCUCGCUGCUUCUACUUUUCUCUGUGAGAUUGGUUCCCCCGAAUUGACUUUACAGUGUCGUGCGUUUACCCUUUCCCUUUUACCAGCUCUAAUAUCCGAGCGACCAGUUCGCUUGAAAGCACUUUUCGGGCCCGAGAUAUGGCAAUGGUAGUUAGCGUCUGGCGAGAUCCGCAGGAAGACGUGGCCGGAGGACCUCCGAGCGGCCCCAAUCCAGCAGCUCAGCCGGCAAGAGAGCAACAGCAGGCGGCGUCAGCAGCACCGCACACUCCGCAGACCCCCAGUCAGCCAGGACCCCCUUCAACACCGGGGACUGCUGGCGAGAAAGGGCAGACCCAGAAUUCUGGACAACAGCAUAUAGAAUGUGUUGUUUGCGGGGACAAAUCGAGUGGCAAGCACUAUGGCCAAUUCACCUGCGAGGGAUGCAAAAGUUUCUUCAAGAGGAGUGUCCGAAGGAACUUAACAUAUACAUGUCGUGCCAACAGAAACUGUCCCAUUGACCAGCACCAUCGAAAUCAGUGCCAAUACUGUCGGCUCAAGAAAUGCUUGAAAGUGGGAAUGCGCCGGGAAGCGGUUCAGCGAGGACGAAUGCCUCCAACCCAACCGAACCCAGGCCAGUACGCGCUAACCAACGGGGAUCCCCUGAACGGUCAUUGCUAUCUCUCCGGAUACAUCUCAUUACUGCUUCGGGCCGAGCCUUACCCCACGUCCCGAUAUGGCAGCCAGUGCAUGCAGCCCAAUAAUAUCAUGGGAAUCGAGAAUAUCUGCGAGCUAGCGGCUCGCCUGCUCUUCAGUGCCGUGGAAUGGGCAAGGAACAUCCCUUUCUUUCCAGACCUGCAAAUCACCGACCAGGUGUCCCUACUCAGACUGACAUGGAGCGAGUUGUUUGUGCUUAACGCGGCGCAGUGCUCCAUGCCCCUACACGUGGCUCCACUGUUAGCCGCCGCUGGCCUCCAUGCCUCGCCGAUGUCUGCGGACCGGGUCGUGGCUUUCAUGGAUCACAUUCGAAUCUUCCAGGAGCAGGUCGAGAAGCUAAAGGCUCUACACGUCGACUCGGCAGAGUACAGCUGUAUCAAGGCAAUAGUACUCUUCACAUCAGACGCCUGUGGCCUGUCAGACGCGGCUCACAUUGAAAGCCUGCAAGAGAAAUCUCAGUGCGCCUUGGAGGAAUACGUGAGAAGUCAGUACCCGAACCAGCCCAGCCGCUUUGGGAAGCUCUUGCUUCGGUUGCCCUCUCUUCGCACCGUCUCCUCUUCGGUAAUUGAACAGCUGUUUUUCGUCCGCUUGGUAGGUAAAACUCCCAUUGAAACCCUCAUCAGGGAUAUGUUAUUAUCCGGGAGCAGCUUCAACUGGCCUUACAUGUCCAUUCAAUGAUCCGAAUGAGAGCGAGAGAAAAGACACCUAAGGACCAAAACCCAUCAAGUCGUGCAAGAAGACUAUAUAUAGGACAUCGUUUCUGAUCACCUUAGAAGACACCACAUUUUUAAGUCUUCGGGGACCGAGAUGGAAUACGUAAUGUACAGAGAAUAAAGAACUGGACUUACGCCCAUGUAAAUCCCCAUCCAUCUUCAAGAACACUCUUCAUUUUGUAAAAUACUAGUCUUUAUUUUCCUUUUUUGUAAAAAAUACACCCAAAUAAAUUGAAGAACAUCAUAUGCGCAGUAAAAAUGAAUCAAGACUUAGCGGGAAAGUAAUGUUUCCAAGCAAUUAUAAGAUAUGUCCUGUGUCUAUGUAUCUCUGUUUUGUAUUUUUUUCUGGUUCUAAACCAGGUUUUCUGUGAUUCUAUACUAAUGAUUUUUGAUAUAACCUUUUGCUUCUUAUAAUGAGUGCGAUAUAUGUUGUUGAAGCUAUGUUCUCCAAGAAUUAAAAUUGAAGUGAGAAUUUAAAACAUAAAAUAAAGAAAAUUUUAGACAAAUAAGAAACCGUCUAAUCGCAAUGACAAUAUUAUCACUGAUGGUUGAACAUCCCCCUCCAACCAUGCAAUGGACAUGAAACUCGACGGAUAACUGACCUCACGGACUUUAAUGGAGAGGAAGCCCAUCAAACUUUUUUUCUUGGUCAUGUGUGUGUGUGCGUGCGCGCUUGUGUGUUGAGUCAAUCAUCAUUCAAAGAAGAACUACAUGAAAAUCAAAAAGCACUUUUAAUAUAUCAUUUUCAAAAAUACAUUUUGUUUGUUUCGU